CUCCGGUAUGAUGGAUGAGAAAGAUCAGGUCUUCGAGGUACAUAAAUUACGAGAUGAUGAAGGAUGGCAUCUAUUCAGGAAGAUUGUUGGUAGCAAUGUUGAAAGCUCUAAUUUUCAACCGACAGCUAAAGAGAUAGUUGAGAGAUGCAUCGGGUUGCCCGUUGCUAUUGCAUCUGUUGGAAAGGCCAUGAAAGGGAAGACUCAACAAUUUGAGUGGGACGAUGCUCUUACAGAAUUAAAAAAGCCUUCUCCAGACGGGAUAGCUGCAGCUGUUUAUAAUCCCAUAGAGUUGAAUUACAUUAACUUGAAAGAAGAGGAGCUCAAGCAAACAUUCAUUCUUUGUAGUUUGUUGAGCCGUAACUCUUCGAUCGAUGACUUGUUAAAAUGUGGCAUGGGCUUGGAUUUAUUUCAAAAGGUGAACACAAUAGAAGAGACUAGAGCCAAAGUACUAAGAUUGGUUAGUCAUCUCAAAAGUUCAUCUUUGUUAGUUGAUGGUGAGAGCAGUUUGCAUUUUGAGAUGCACGAUCAGAUUCAGGAGGUUGCCUUCUAUAUUGCUUUCAGAGACCGCGGUGGAUUAGCUUUAGUCGACGAAGCUGCAAGGAGAAAGUUGAAAGAUAAGAAGUCAUUAGAAAAAUUGAAGUGGCUUUCUUUGCCGAAUGGUGAUAUUGAGCUUCCAGCCAAUGAGUUCCAAUGUCCGCAGCUCACUUUCUUUUAUCUGUCUAACAGGGCUCAGUCUCUACAAUUUCCAUCAGAGUUCUUUAAAAAAGCAGAUGGACUCCAUGUCUUGUGUUUGACUAAAGUUGACUUUAAGUCAAUGCCUUUGCCAAUUCCCUUAAUCCCAACAAACCUUCAUUCCUUACUUCUAGAUCGAUGUGCGUUUAAAGUCGAAGGCCUCAGAGCCAUUAUGGGGAAUCUGGAGAAUUUAGAGGUCCUUAGCCUUGCAGGCUGUGAUAUUGAAGAGUUGCCAAGAGAAACAGAGAAGUUGAGCAAGCUAAAGUUGUUAGAUGUGAGUGACUGCCCCAAACUAAGAGUAAUUCCACGACAAGUCUUAGCAAGUUUGUCCAGAUCUUUGGAAGAGCUAAAAAUGGGAAACAGCUUCAACCAAUGGGAUGUGGAGGAAGGAAAUGCUAGGCUUGAUGAGUUAGCAGUGUUGCAUAAGCUAACUGCUUUAGAGGUACGUAUUCCUAAUUUCCGACCAAUUUUGUUCCCUGAAAAUCUAAGAAGGUUCAAGAUUUUAUUAGGAGAAGUGGUAAUGUGGUACCCUUGGGACGGCUCUUUUGAAAGCUCAAAAAGAAUGAAGCUAAAGCUACAGGGUGCAAGCAUUAAAUCUGAUGACUCAGUUAAAAAGUUGUUGAAGAAGACAGAAGAACUGUGCUUACAGGGAUUAAAUGGUGUUGAGAAUUUAGUUUGUGAGUUAGAUGAUGAAGGUUUUCAACAUCUGAAGAGUCUCCUUGUCGAAUUUGCUCCAGACAUUCGAUGCAUCUUUAACCCAGCAGGGAGGUUGCUUCCUUCCCAUGUGUUUCCCAUCUUGGAGGUAUUGACUCUUGGCAAUUUGGAAGAUAUGGAGAAGAUAUGUCAUGGUCUGACUGGAGCAGGGCCUUUUAAAGUAUUAAGAAAGAUAACCGUUUAUGGUUGUGAUCAAUUGAAGAAUCUGUUCUCCUUCUCCAUGGCCAGAGAGCUUCGACUUCAAGAAAUAACAGUGGCAAAUUGCAACAACAUUGAAGAGAUUAUUGAUGACGUGGAGGAGCAAGGCAACGGAAAUGAUAUCGUUGAAGAAAGUGAAGGAUGUAAGCUUGGUGGCAGUCUGCGGUCCUUAACAUUAGAAAAUUUGCCAAAACUGAUUAGCUUCUUCAACAGUGAUAAUUGCAGCGGCAUCUCACUUUUCAACGAUAAGUUUCUGCUUCCAAACCUAGAGGAGCUGCAAUUGUCACAGAUUAAUGUUGACAUGAUAUGGAUAGCAUCUUACCGUGUUGAGUACCUGACGAAAUUGAUAAUUCGGGGCUGCCAGAACUUGAAAUACCUAUUCUCAUCCACUAUGGCUAGAAGUCUAGUGAAGCUUGGACGCCUUGAAAUAAGUGAAUGCAAGAUGAUGAUAAAGGUUCUUUCUAAAGAGAAUGAAGAAGAAAAGGGGAAUUUGAUUUUCCCUGAGUUGAAAUUUCUACAGUUACGGCAACUCCAAAACCUUGUUAGCUUCUACUUUGGAGACUCUACCAUUGAGUUCUCAUCCUUGAAUAAAUUGAUUGUAUCGGGCUGCCCAAAAUUGAAGGGUUUCGCAGUUAUGUCUACAAACACAGAUGUUGCAGCAGGUAUUCAGCCUUUCUUCAACGAACAGGUAUGUCUUCAUUUCAUUUGCUUUUUGUCUUUCAAACUUUGGGAGCUAUCUAAUUUUCCUUAAUCCUUUUUCUCUCAAUGGCAUGGUGUGUAGUGUCUUUUUUUUUUUUUUUUUUUUUUUUUUUU